ACACAACUUCUUCAUUUGAAGUCGUUUUGACCCCCACGACUUCAUAUUUAGUCAAAAUUUGCCCAUUUACGUAAUAGGCAAAUAUGCCUAGUUUGGUGCAAAAGCCUGAAACUAGUAAUUAUUAAACUGAAAAAACUGGUUUUUCCCAUCAUGUGUAUAUAUCUAAAGUUGAUACUUUGGUAACACUGAUUACACUGAAAACAAUCAAAACCUAUUGUCCUUGCUUUUGGUAACCCUGAAACACAAGAAACCACUAGAUAAGCAAGAACUUUUGCAGGCCACUAACUUUCUGCCACGAUGGCACUCUUGAUUCUCCCCCAACACUACUUGGUUCAGCUCACUGAACUCAAACCUUCACACUCACUCACUUCACUUCACUUCCCUUCUUUCUCCAAAACACACAAACAAACAUACACAGAAACCAACCAAGUACAAACACUACUCCACCCCUCAUACAAUAUUUCCACAGAAAACAUGUUGAAGGAAGGCACCAACAACGUUGGUGGCAGCUCCAGCACCUGGUCACGUGUCUGCGACACGUGCCGGUCAGCUCCAUGCAUAGUCUACUGCCAUGCAGACUCAGCAUACCUGUGUUCAUCCUGUGAUGCUCGUGUCCAUGCAGCCAACCGUGUGGCCUCAAGGCACGAGCGUGUGUGGGUGUGUGAAGCGUGUGAACGUGCUCCCGCAGCGUUUCUUUGCAAAGCUGACGCAGCUUCUCUUUGUACUUCGUGUGAUGCUGACAUUCACUCAGCAAACCCUCUUGCCAGCCGCCACCACCGUGUCCCCAUUCUCCCCAUCUUGGGUCCCCUCUUGGUGGAACCAGAUCACGAACCGGAACAUGGUUUCGUGAACGAGGUGGAAGAGGAAGAGGAAGAAGUUUUCGAUGAGUACGAUGAUGAGAUUGAAGCUGCUUCGUGGUUGUUGCCACAUCCUGUGAAGGGUAACCAAGAGGAGGAGAAUGGUUUUUUGUACGGUGAUGAGUAUUUGGACAACCUUGUGGAUUGUAACUCGUGUGGUCACCAUAACCAGUUUAGCAACGUUUUUCAGCAGCAGCAGAACUACAACACUGUCCCUCAGAACUAUGCAGUGGUUCCAGUUCAGGUGCUGCAACAAUUGCAGCACUUUCAACCGGGUUUGGAAUUUGACUCGUCAAAAGCUGGGUUCAGUUACGAUGGUUCUAUUAGCCAAAGCGUAUCAGUUUCAUCAAUGGAAGUUGGUGUAGUCCCAGAAUCAACAAUAAGUGACAUCUCAGUGUCCUAUUCAAAGUCACCAAUAGGGACAAGUGACCUAUUUCCUCCCCUUCCCAUGCCUUCACAUCUUACACCAAUGGACAGAGAGGCCAGAGUCCUAAGAUAUAGGGAGAAAAAGAAGACAAGAAAGUUUGAAAAGAAGAUAAGGUAUGCCUCAAGGAAGGCUUAUGCAGAAACCAGACCACGCAUCAAGGGUAGAUUUGCAAAGAGAACUGAUGUGGAAGCUGAAGUGGACCAAAUGCUCUCCACAGCACUCUUCAAUGAAGUUGGAGGAACCAUUUUCCCAUCUUUCUAGGAAUGGAAAGAGAAUAAAUUAUCAUUAGCCAAGACAUAGAAGACAAGGCACCACCACUUUUAAUGUAACUUUUAUGCUGUCUAAUUAGUUUGGACUAUUUUUCUGUACUUAUGCUUUAUAAAUAUAGUACUUAUAUAUAUUAAGUCAGCUAAUUC